GUCGUUACUAUAAAAUAGACGUGAUCGGUAGAAAAAGGGUGUUUGGUGAAUUGGUGUUUUUGUGAAUAACAGGUGGUGUUCUUUGAAAGCGGCGAAUCGUCAUUGAUGAUGAGUUUAAAAUGAACAAUAAUUAAAUUUAUGUGGAUAGAGAAAAAGAAAUAAUUUAAAAUGAAUUUAUGGUGGACAAAAUGAUAAUGUUUCGUCGUAAUUAUAACUGUAUGCAUUUAAUUAAAAAAUUAUGGUCGUGCGACCACCAAGUAUUGAACUUGAUGCAGCCAUUGUCAUGCCAACUAAGUCGAUUCCAAUAGAAACUAGCAAAUGUUCCGACAGACGAAUUCAUUCAAUGUCACGUAAAUUUGUAUCAAUGUCACCAGGACGCGGUGUACCGCGGUCAAAAAGCAUGAAUGGAUUGAGUCGCAUCGAUGCGAACAAAAUCAAUGAAAAAGGUCGCACAUCAAAUCACAGCACCGGUCGAAAUAUUGUUCGACAACGUGAUAUUAGCUCAUCCGAAAACGGCAGUCCCAAUUUUUAUAACGGUGGACUCUCCAAUGGACGAAGUAGAGAUGCUGAAUCGCUUGAAAAUAUAAGAAUGCGGUCAUCAGAUAGUGCUCCAUCAACACCUGAAGAUAAUAUAAAUGUUGUUGUGAGGGUUCGUCCACUCAGUGAAAAAGAGCGAAGAGGACUCGAUGGUAGUGUAGUGUCAUUUCCGGGAAAUGGUCAAAUUUUGUGUGAAGGAAUACCAGGCGGUCCAAGUGGUGGUCAAAAGCCAAAACUAUUCGGUUACAAUGUGGUUUUUGAACCGGGCGCUACUCAAACGGAUGUUCUCGAAUAUUCUGGCAUAAAACGAAUUAUCGAAAUGGCAAUUGAAGGCUUUAGUUGUACAUGUUUUUGUUAUGGACAGACUGGAAGUGGAAAAACACACACGCUUACUGGCCCACCCGAUUUGUUUAUCGGAAAGCCAGAACCAACAGAUAAUCGCCAUGGCUUAGUGUUUCGUGCGUUUUUAUACCUUUUUCAAUUACUUCAAGAACGCAAAGACACCAAUUUUGUAUUGAAGGCAUCAUUUUUGGAGAUCUACAACGAAAAAGUCAUAGACUUACUAAAUCCAGGAUCGGCUCGAAAGCCAUUGGCAGUUCGAUGGUCGAAAAAAUCGCGUGGAUUUUUCGUCGAAAAUCUUUUUACCGUCGACUGUGAAGAGUUAGAUGAUUUGCUGGCCGUUCUAGAAGAAGGAAUGCGUAACAGAUCCGUUGGAUCCCAUCGAAUGAACGAUUAUUCAUCAAGAAGUCAUACCAUUUUAACUGUUCACAUAACGUCCGAAUUGCAAGCUGAAGGAAGUGUAUUCAUAUCAAAACAAGGAAAAAUCAAUUUUGUUGACUUGGCCGGAAGUGAAAUGACAAAGAAAACGAACAGCGAAGGAAAAACACUGGAAGAAGCUAAUAACAUAAACAAAAGUUUAAUGGUUCUUGGAUACUGCAUUGCAUCAUUGAGCGAUACAAAAAAACGUUCCGGCCAUAUUCCAUAUCGUGACAGUCAAUUAACAAAAUUGUUGGCAGAUAGUCUGGCAGGCAACGGAGUGACUUUAAUGAUUGCAUGUGUGUCUCCAGCGCGAUCGAACAUAUCAGAGACAUUGAACACCUUGAGAUACGCGGCACGAGCAAAAAAAAUCCGCACCAAACCUGUAGUCGUGAUGGAUCCGCGUGAAGCUCUAAUAUUGAGUUUAAAGCGUGAGGUGGCUGCACUUAAAGCGGAAAAUGAACAUCUCAAAAGUGCGUUGCAUCUGCAUUCAAACAUAUUGGAAAAUGCUGCGGCUGAGAUAAAUCAUGAGCGCAAAGAAAUUCCCAUCGCACCGAAAGUCGAUUUAGAACGCAUGACCGAAUUAGAAGUCAAUGAAAUCAUCGAAUUAGUUAAACUAUAUAUUGCUGAAAAUGAAGCAUUACGCACGGAAAAUUCGGAACUCUUCAAUUCGCGCGACAUGAUUUUACGCGAUCAGGAAGUUGUUUGCAGAGAAAACGAAAGACUUUUAAAAAAAUUGGAAGAUGUAAAUUCGGUAUGUUGUCGUUCCCCAAUUAUUCCUGCUAGGCCAACAUUUUCUGCGGAGAUGCUGAAUAUGACAAGCGGCAAUGAUUCGACCGAUUCGAAUAUCUGGACAAAUCCAAUGACUUCAAACAAUCAUAGUGCGAGCUUGGACAAUAUUUCCCAGCGGGUCGUUGAAUCUUUGGAUGGGCGUGUUUCGUCUAGAGAAAAUCGUAUGCCAAAUUCAAUCCAACGUGAACUAGACAAAAGACGCAUUGGCGACAGCAUCCAAAACAUUGCAAAUGGUUUGCGAAGGCACAAUUCAUGGGAUACGCAGCCAAAUACGGCUAAUAAAUCAACACCUAAAGGAUCAGCUGAUAAUGCAACAAAAUUGACGCCAAAACUUGUUGACGGCGGACCCUUGAAAGCAGUUGACCAAAUACCCUGUCAACCAUCCGAUAAACAAAUGAAUAGAACGAAGAGUGCAAGCCAUGAUGCUGUCGAUAAGCUCGAAAAUGCACAAAAUCAAAAUGCUCAAACAAUGGAAGAUGCUAAACCGGACACAUGUGAAAAAAAUAUCACACGAACGACAAAACUUCCGAAUCAAGAAAUGUUUGGCAGUUUAGUGUCGCUGAAUGAUUUUAUUUCCAAUACAAAUCCAGAUCAGGCAGAGAGAUUUAACUAGCCGGAAUAACAUUUUAUUAAGUUUUUUUUUUGUUGCCCAAAGAUGAAAUGAGUAAAUGUGAAAAAAAUCGAGAAAAUGUGCAAAAAUCGAAUACAUCAUGAUCAGAUAGCUCGGACAAUGAGAAAAACCGCAAAUUGGCCGACGUGUGAAUAAUUUCAGGGAAUUUCGUCUUUUAACUGCUAAUAAAUACAAACACAUAUAUUUUUGAUGCAUCACUCUAAGUUUAGGUUUUGUACAGUCAAUUAAUAAAAUUGAUGUCGAUGAGACUCAAACAUUUGAUGUUAAUCAAUGUCUAAACAAUUUAAUUUUAUA